AUGUCAGCUGAUGUUCUGUGGAAACCAUCCCAAGUGGGUUUUAAUUUUCCGAGCUUGAAUCAGCCAGUCUCUGUUCCUCAGCGGGUGAUGGCUGCACCAAAUAGUGGAUCAGCUACUCAUAAAAUGAAUCAACUUCAAUUUAAUCUGGGAGUGCCAACAACUGCUGAUCAGUUUACAACAAGGUUUAGAAAACCCCAACCUAUUGUUAUAGAAAAAUUAGGUGACCAGAAUCAAACACCACAGUUGUUACCUCAAAGGCAUGCAACUACCCCUGUUGUUUAUCCUGUUGUGCCAUCAGUGUCAUCCUCUAUCACAAGUGACCGACUUGCACUAGCAGUUCAUUUGGCCAAGAAAGAUGUUAGAAAGGUGAAAGAAAUUGGAACAGAGAAUGUUUUAGUUUCACAAGAAGAAGAAACAAAGAGAAGGCAUUUUGCAGUCACAGGCAAAAAUAUGGGCGUUGGGAAAAAGAAUAGGGUAAAAAGUAUGAAAUCUAAAUCACAAGCGGCAAUGUCAGAAGAUAAACCUACUUUGCGCGAAAGGGUUCAUAUUGCUGUAAAGAAACAAGAGGCAGAAGCGAGGAAGCAGCGUAAAAUGUACUUUUAUCCAGCUGCCAGGGAAGAUGAUGAAUUUGAGUCGGAUGGGGAAAGGACACAAGCUAAUGAAAUCAGAAAACUCCGCAAAGAGCUCCAUCAAUAUAUGAAACAAAUGGAAAGUUUGAAAGAUGAGAGACCAGAAAUGUUGAAGAACAAAGACAAAAGGUUAAAGAAAAGAAAAGAGGGUGAAGGAAGGCUUGCAGAUGAAGAGGUAGAUAAACGCCAAGUAGUGAGGGCUGAAGAACAAGCUGCCAGAUCAGCAAGGAUGCUUUAUGUACUUCAGAGACAGGUGCGUGAGAUUGAGGAUGAGUUAAACAAAAAGAAAAGAGGGAUAAAACAUACAAAAAAGAGCCAGACCCUAAGCCGCUUGGCAGCAGCUCACAGGGGAGCAGUUAGAGCAUUGCAGACAUUUGUCAGCCAGGCUCCUCUCCAGCCUAAAGUUGGCCAUGGCUCACCACCAAUGUACCAGGAACUGUCUGCCCUCAUUAGACAGUUGUCACUUUUGGCAGCACAGUUGCACAUCAGUGGGGAAGAUUUCCUACAAAGUCCAACAAGUCCGAAGUAUUUCCGUAGACAUCUUCCAACUGACCAGGAGCUGAUAGAAAGAGAGGUGGCCAGGCAAAGAUGGCUUGACGAAGAGGCAGAACGAAGGAUUCGUGAUUUGGAACGAGAACGAAGACUUGAAGUUAUGCAGCGACAUCGAAGAAGUCCAGACGUUUCACUGCCAAAGCGAUUGAUAUGUGAGACAGAAGACGCCAUUAGAUCUCGACUGAAACCGCUAUUGGAUCGAGCAGAGGCGAUAGCGGAAACACAGGCGAUAAGAGAAGAAGAGCAAAAGAAAUCAUUACAGCAUCAGCUUGGGAAACUUGCCUCUCAGACAACAAUGAACCAAGCGGACAUUUUAGCCGAAAAAGUUCUCGAUGAUAUUUUAGAAGAUACAGUUCUUGAAAUGCAAAGAUUAGAGAUCGAAGACGACGUUGAAAUGCAAGCUGAUGAUUUGCAAAACAGUUCAUCCUUAGAUAAUAUUCUUCAGAGACUGCAGAGUUUCGAGAAAGCCGAGGAGGAGAUAAGACAACAUUGGGUUCAAGUGAAUUAUGCAGAUGUUGAAAAUUCCACAGAAAAACACCACACUGAGAAAAGAACUCGACCAGCUAAGGAUCCGAAACCGAUCAUGUUUACAAGGCCCGUGGAAACCGAAAGCCACCGACUGUUACCAGAAAACACCCGAGCACCUCCCGACGACGAUGGACGAGGUGUCAGAAAGCCAUUCAGACUGUUGAAUGAAAUUAGUGCAGCCAGUAGCUUUUCCUCCCUAAUGGAAGCAUCGACAGAGCGCUCCUCUGCUCAAAGCUCCAUUUACAAGAGUCCUCAAAAUAGCUCAGCUCCACAAAGUUGGCCCCUCACUUCUGGCACACGACCUACAGUGUUCCUUAGUGUGCCUAAGGAGAUGAAAGCCAGUAUAGUGUCCUAUAGGAAUCGAUUCAACAAAUAUCUUCAGGACACUUCUACUCACGAGGAAGGAACAUUUGACCCGUGGGGACUGGUAAACAGGAUCAGUGAGGAGUUGUUAGAAGAUGCUUUGCAAGAAGUUGGUCAUGAGCUUGAUGAUGUGUGUGAUGAUUACGCCGAGGCCUUGUAUAACCAGGAAUUUGUUUCAGUCAGCUCAGACACGUGAUCAAUGUCUUCCUUCCUUCAUAUUUAGGAAUGCAAUCCUCAGGAAAUAAUACAGCCUGUUUAAUUGGACUUCAGCGCGCAGUUCCAAGGAUUUUACGUCGUCUGCUGCGAUGGCAACUAUUCACGUUAGAAAUGCUGUUAUAUGACUGGCUCAAUAAAAUACAACCAAGUGUUGAAUUCAAUUACAUGAA